AAGCAAAAGGGAAAGAGAGUGAAAGAGGGUGGCUUCAAUUUCGCAGUUUCAUAGCAAUUAUCGCCGAAAAAUCCAAAAUUUCCACUCCUAUCUCUGUGUUUAUGAUUUCCCAUACCUCUAUCUAUUCUACCCAAUUUCUCACUUCCAGGUUCCCCUUUCUCUCUUUCUGCUACUUUUUCAAAAAUAAAUAAAUAAAUAAAAUCAUUUUUUCGUUCUCCCCUUACCAACUUCCAUUUUUAGCUUCCAAUUAUCGUUUUGACCCUUCAGAUUGCUUCUUAAUUUGAUAAUCGGAAGUGGGUCUCUUCCUUUUCGCCAAUUUAAGUAAGAGAAACAGUACUUGUCCAUAUUACAGGAUUAUAUGAACUGAAGAGGGAGGGUACUGGUUUGUGGAGGCAGUGACACUUCUGCAAGCUUAGAAUCCUCUCCCCAAUUUUUGUUUUUUAACAAAAACUGUUAAGUAUGGUGAUGUUGGAGGGUCCCGCACUCGAAGCUUGAAUGUAGCACCACCUAGUUUUUGGUGAUCAGUUGAAGUGUGGGAAAAAUCUUAAGCUAGAGAAAGUUUGGGAAGCUGGAAAAAUGGGUUCUGUUUGUUGUUGUUUGAGUUUUGACGAUUUUGAAGAUUAUGUAAAUCCAAAUAGUUCUGUAUAUAGGAACUGCGUGUGUCUCAGUUGCUUGGUACAGAACCUUUUUAGUGUGUACACAGCAAUAUUUCGUAGGGGGGAUGUGCAUUCAAUUCCUUCAUCUAUUCAAGGGGCUGCUUCUAUGACUUCUGCAGCAUCACUCGAUAAUUCUCUAUCUGACAUGUACCGUUCUCCUCCAAGGCCAUUACCUUAUGAUGCAGAACCCAGAUAUUUCCGCUCGCAACGUGAUGGACUAGUUUCAAGGCGUGAGAAGGGCUCAAGUCAUUCAAAUGAGGAAACAGAACCUCUAAGAAGUGAUGUAGAUAUGGAUCCAGAGUCUUUAAAUUCAGGAGAAAAAUGGAAUGAAUGUUCCUGUGAAGAUGGAUCGAAGGAAUACCGUUCCAAGUCCUCGCUAAGACUUUCAUCAGCAAAAUAUUCUACUGGAGUUGGCCUUGUGUAUGCAUCAUCUGAAGAGGAGGAUGUCUGUCCAACUUGUCUUGAAGAAUACACUAAAGAGAAUCCAAAGAUAAUGACAAAAUGCUCUCAUCAUUUUCACCUUGGUUGCAUUUAUGAGUGGAUGGAGAGAAGUGACAACUGUCCAGUUUGUGGAAAGGUAAUGGUAUUCGAUGAAACGACUUACACUUGAUUAAAAGGUUUAUGUCGUGGAUGAAGUCAGCACCAGAGGCAUGGAAGAAUAUAAGUCUAUAUACAUUGUGAAUACUACAGAUUAAGCGCUUGUCUUGUAUAGUAAGUAUGAACAGUUUUCUUAACCAUUGUUGUGAGUUCAAUCAAAUUCCGGUUGUUUCUUAUAUUUACAAUUUUCCACUUGUCCAAAACUGUGAAGAAAGAAACAAUAUGCAAUUUUAGAUGGAAACUUUGUGAUGGCUUC